UGAGAAAGAGAUAAUACCAUAGAUAAUAGGCGCCAUUCUCACUUUUUUCCCGCGAAAAAAGCGUCUAUUUCCCGGGAAAAUUCUGGGGGCUUCUCAUUUCAUCAAAUCGAAGGAAGAAGAAGAAGAAUAAGGGGGAAAGAGAAAAGGGUUUGGUUAGGUUUGAUUAUUAUGGACGAAUCGUUCACUCCACCUCCUCCAAUGUCCUCUUCCCAGCACAACCAUGUCAAACGAAUGCUAAAUUCCAAUCGCUUCAAAUCACCUUCCAAAACAAUCUACUCCGACCGCUUCAUACCCAGCAGAUCCGCUUCCAAUUUCGCUCUGUUUAACCUAUCGCCGUACACGGAAGACGGUUGUAGCUGCAGCCCCUAUGGCAGUGCGCUGCGGAGUGCCUUGUUUGGACCUUCUACACCCAACAAAUUCGAAAGCCCUAAUAUAUUUCGUUUCAAAUCGGAGACUCGACAGUCCAUGCACUCUCUUUCUCUCACUCCUUUUACUUCCCAAGAUGUCCUUCUCCCUGGCUAUGACUACAAUCACAAGCCUCUUAAGCGCCCUCGAAAGAUUCCUCCCUCGUCUUUUAAGGUUCUGGAUGCGCCAGCUCUGCAAGAUGAUUUUUAUCUGAAUCUCGUGGAUUGGUCCUCCAGCAAUGUCUUGGCUGUGGCUCUGGAAAACUCUGUUUAUUUGUGGAAUGCUUCCAGCAGUAAGGUAACGAAGCUAUGCGAUUUGGGGGUUGACGACUCCGUUUGUUCAGUUGGCUGGGCUCCGCUUGGCACCUACUUGGCUGUCGGAUCAAACAGUGGAAAAGUCCAGAUUUGGGAUGUAUCUCAAGGCAAGUCUAUAAGAACUAUGGAGGGUCAUCGAUUACGUGUUGGGACCUUGGCCUGGAGUUCAUCUCUUUUGUCUUCUGGUAGCCGGGAUAAAAGCAUUUACCAACGAGACAUACGUGUACAGGAGGAUUUUGUCAGUAAACUGUCUGGGCAUAAAUCAGAGGUUUGUGGACUGAAGUGGUCUUAUGAUAACCGUGAGUUAGCAUCAGGUGGAAAUGACAACAAGCUACUUGUUUGGAAUCAAAACUCCACCCAGCCCAUCCUGAAGUUCUGUGAGCAUACAGCAGCUGUUAAAGCUAUUGCGUGGUCUCCUCACACAAAUGGACUUCUUGCAUCUGGAGGAGGUACUGCAGACCGUAGCAUUCGUUUCUGGAGUACAGCCACAAACUCACAGUUAAACUGCAUCGACACUGGAAGUCAGGUUUGUAAUCUUGUCUGGUCUAAAAAUGUAAAUGAAUUGGUGAGCACGCACGGCUACUCCCAGAAUCAGAUAAUGGUUUGGAAAUAUCCCACCAUGUCAAAGCUGGCAACUCUUACAGGCCAUACUUACAGAGUUCUUUAUCUUUCCAUUUCUCCUGAUGGACAGACUAUUGUCACUGGAGCUGGAGAUGAAACCCUAAGAUUUUGGAAUGUAUUCCCUUCGCGGAAAUCACAGAUGCAGGAAUUCAGCUUAAUGCUGGAUCCAGAAAUGUAUCGAGGGGGGACUGGAAUUUUUUUUCUUGAUCCUCUGUAAUAGUUUUUGAAAAUUUAUUUUCUUAUUUUACACAUGAUUGAAACUAUUUUCUUUUUUUCAAUGAUAAUAAUAACCUUAAACGUUACUGUAAUAAUCAGACACGGAGUUUUAUGCAAAUUUACGUUGCGGUAAUAACAGCAAACACUACUAGUCCUACACAAUUUUACACUUGGUAACCUUAACAAUUAUUAUAAGGACGACAUAUGCAAUCAGUUUUACACUAACAUAUGUGUGUGUAUGUAUACUAUGUAUAUACGUGAGAAAUCCAUGGGAGGAGGGCCCAGCCCCCUCUGUAUGUAGAUUAGGAUUUUUAUUUGUUCUGCUCUCUGGUUGAAAUGGCUAGGGCAACAUUUGCUUAUUUUAAUAUUGGCAUCAAAUACGUUAUGUGCAUAUACGUAGGAGGGACUUGGUCCUUUUAUUCUUUUCAUUGUUUAUAUACUCAAGAUAGGCG